CGGCAGGCGGAAGUGGCUGGCGGCCCCGGACAUGGCGGGCGUCAAAGCUCUGGUGGGCCUGUCCUUCAGCGGAGCCAUCGGGCUGACGUUCCUGAUGCUGGGCUGCGCCCUGGAGCACUACGGCGUGUAUUGGCCUCUCUUCGUCUUAAUUUUUUACUUCAUCUGCCCCAUUCCCCACUUCAUUGCCAAGAGAGUAAGUGAUGACAGUGAUGCAGCCAGCAGUGCCUGCAGGGAGUUGGCCUAUUUCUUCACGACUGGAAUUGUUGUUUCUGCCUUUGGAUUUCCUAUAAUCCUUGCACGGGUCGAAGCGAUCAAAUGGGGAGCCUGUGGCCUGGUGCUGGCUGGCAAUGCAGUCAUUUUCCUUACUAUUUUAGGCUUUUUUCUUGUGUUUGGUAGAGGAGAUGACUUCAGCUGGGAGCAGUGGUAAAACAGCUGGUGAUACUGUACAGCAGGUACCACCAUACGUGCCCUCUGUGUGUGUAUGUACCAGACCACAGGGGGGUGUGCACCCCGAGGGGGGUGUCUGUGCACCUGCAUGGAGUUCUACAUUAGCAGUUCAUAAUGUGCUUUUAAAAAUGCCUCCAGCCAAAGGGAAAGGCCCCUGGGAAGCUGCCCUCGUGUUCCUUGAGAGCUGGGAUCACCUCUGCAGAUUUGUACCCCAGGAAUUUUACAGCCCAGAAGUGGUUGUGCUCGUUUGUUCACUCUGUGCAUUAACUUUGGUGUGAAUCCCAGCAGUGUCACUGGUGCAGGUGGUGCUGCUCAGCCUGCCUGCUGGGGUUUUUAACCAGCUAAUCCAAAUAGGCCAACACAAAGAUUAUCCUCAUUAUUAUCCAACUUGAUCAAGCUUUCUGCUUUGAUGAGGGAUGAAUGACCCCUUGCCUUUCACUUGAGUGAUUGUAAUUUCAUUAGUUUUUCUUGAUAGCAUAAAACCCAACUCUUACUAUGCCAACUCUUGUUAAUGAAAGAAAAAGAAUAAUAUAGGUUAAUGUCUCUUUAAUGCUUUGAACUGACAUGACUUUUCUUAGGAGGGCUCACAGGAGAGGAAACUGUGCUCAGGACACUUCAUCACAAUGUAGUAUUGAACUCUGUUCUCAUGUGUGAAAUGUCUGCAUUGCAAAGAAGUGAGUGUUCUGGGUAGGACUUCUUAUCUCCUCAGAUCUCAUUGCUUUUAAAACAUACUUAUUCAACUACUGUUCUUUUUGUCUGUAAGAAAAGAUGGCUGUUACUGUUUGGACUUCCUGCAAAUUGUGGAGGGGUGUGGUUUUGUAAAACCUGUGCUGGUGCAACCCUAACUCUAGAGGACAUCUCAGUAAUCUGCAGAGGGGUAAAGGAAGAGACACCUUGGAUGAUUCUUGCACAGACAAAUGGACCUAAAGAGGUUUCUGCUCUGAAGUAAGAAGCUGAAUUCCUGCAUGUAGGGCGUGUUUUACUAGUUCUUUAGCAGAUGGGAAAUGAGUGUUUGGUGGUUGUGUGAGUUGGUUCAUGUCUGACAGCAACAACAAUACCCAGUUCAAGUGCCUGAUCCUGCAGAUGCCUGAUAUCAUUGAUCACAGUUCUCUUCCACUCCUGUUAAAAUACUCUUCUGCUUGCAGGGUUUAAGUUCUCCAGUAUUUUUAUUCCUUAAAGUUCACCUACCAAAGGCUGCAAGAGAAGUCUACUCAAGAAUUGCUGAUGGAAUUUUACUUUCAAGGCAGCUGAGAUGGAAUUUUCCUUAGAGAGUCACUAUGUGUAGACUCUGUUCUAGGGCUGGCAGAUAGUGUGGCCCCAUUACUGCUUGUGGCAGACUGGGAUACAGGCAGCAAACAUAUGACAAUCUGUCAUGAGGAGGAGGACUAGAAAGUACAGCCUUGGAGAGGGGUUUCUCCUUUGACAAAUGAUUCUGCUGUACUGUAUUUCCUUGGAUAUUGCUGUGGUGGGUGGUAGAUGUCGACUGGAGAAAGUCAAUGCUUCUGUUUUUUUUUUGUUCCCUACUUUUGAAGCAGCUCCAUGCACUAAUCCUGAAUGUGAACUCCAUGCAGUUUUCACCGUGGACUUGUAUCUUAAGAUGUUUAACUUGAAAAAUUGUGUUUAACAGUGUUUAAAUCAUGGAAAUCUUCCUUAACCUCUUUCAAAGUAAAUUUGCUUGAAUGAGUCGUCGGUAUCAAAGAGGGCAAAAAAAAAAAGUUCAGUGCUUUCUUUUUUAUCAUGAGCUUGGCUCAUUCACACAGACCUGGUGCUUUGAUGGCCAGUUCUGGGCCAUUCUGUCACUCUCCACCAGGAGCAAUUGACUGUGGUUUCUCUGAAAUUGUAUUCCUGUAUGGAAGUGAAUACUGUGUAUCCAAAGUGCCUUAAUUUCCACACUGCUGAUUCAGUGAGUGCAUUUCCAUGGCAAUAGCCCUGUGUUUCAUCAUCAGCUGAAAAUCUGUUACUGCUUUUUAUAAAGCUUCCUUGUCAACUAAUCAUGUUUUCUGCCAUUCAGGAUGCAGUGCAGCUUUUGUAACUUUUGUAAACACUAUUUUUAUUUUCUGUGAUUGCCAGGUUCUUGAGAUGAAGCAUUAAAACAUGAAAUUUAAAACAUACUUUUCUUUCUGAAUUGUCUAAUAAAACUGACUUGUUUGAAUUGUCUAAUAAACAUACCUUAUGCUUAA